AAAUUGUCCUGGAUCACUGCAUUGUUGCUAGUAGAGAAGUCCAUCACAUUCGAUUGUACCACAGUGUAUCAGUCUCUGUGUACAAGGUUCUCCUGGUUCUGCCCUUUCACUCUGCAUCAAUUCCUGGAGGUCCUUCCAGUUCCCAUGGAAUUCCUCCAGUUCAUUAUUCCUUUGAACACAAUAGUAUUUCAUCACCAGCAUAUACCACAAUUUGUUCAACCAUUCCCGAAAUGGAGGGUAAGUCCUCCCUAAUUUAGGUGAUUCUCACCAGUCAUCAUGUUGAAAAAUUUAACACUUUAUAGCUGACCUUGUGAUGUAACUCUCUAAAGGUAUUGUGGCUGGUUCUUAGACAGCAAUCACUUGGUCAAAAAACAUUUAUUAAGUGCAAACUUUGUGCCAGGCCUUGUACUAAGGGCCAGAGAUACAAAGAAAGGCAAAAAAAAAAAUUGUCCUUAGUAUGGGUGGACCAUUUCUACACCACAAUCAAGCAUCAUAGUAGGAUCUGAGUGGAUAAAAUGAUAAAAUGUGAAUUUUAAGGUUUGCAGUGUGUAAUAAUAUACUAUCUCAUUUGUUUCUUACAACAAGCGUGUGUGAUAAACAGUUCAAGAUGAGGUUACUGAGGCUGAGUGGGAAAGUGCCUUGUUUGGGGUCACACAGCUAAUAAAUGUCUGAAUCAGAAUUUGAACUCAAGUCUUCUUGAUUUUCAAUCCAGGAAUCUUUCCCCUCUGCUGCCUAGCUGGCUUCUAAAAGAAUAAUCACAGUAAUAGUGUCAGUUUAUUCUUUUUUUUUAAUUAAAGUAGAAUUCUGACUAAUGAGAAACAGUACACACAACAUGCAAAUUAUUAUGUUUUAAGACAGCGAGAAGAAGCUAUGAAUAAACUAAUGGAUUUCAUCUUGUAUAAAUAAUGUAACUAGAGCAGACAGAACAUGCAAAUAUUAAUCCUCAAAAAGAUGAACUCUCAGAAUUAAUCCAGAAUUUGUUACAGUCCAAGAAAUAAUAUUGGCAACAUGUGAAAUUAAAUCUCACAGUUCAUAUGUAUGCUGCUUAAGUGACCAAUCAGGCAACGGGCAGCUAUUAAGCUCCUUCUCUAUGCCAGUUGCAAGGGAUACAAAGACAAAAAAAGAAAAAAAUGAAAACAACCAGACUUGUUUGGAAAGUGUUUACAUUGUACCACACUUACUCAUUUUGAGGGAUGAGAGUAAGGUGGUAGUAUUGACAGCAUGAUAUGGCUGAAAAGAGUCCCGAGUUUGAAAUCAGGAGAGCAUUUGAGUUUGAGGCUUAGAUGAGUCACUUAGUAGCAGUUUGACAUUGGCCAUGCUUCUGCUUGCUCAUCUGUGAAGUGGGCAUAUUUAUUAAACGUUCACUAAGCCAAAAAAGGGGAGAAAAUAGACCUUGCUCUUAAGGAGCUUACAUUUGAAUAGGAGAGAUAAAUAAAUAGCUACAUUAAUGUCAGAGAUAGUGUAGAUGGAAUAUGAUCUCAGAGAGGGAGAGGAAGACUCUAGCACCUGGGGGGUUGGGCAGAAACGGAGAAAAGCCUCCUGCAGAUGAUUCCUAGUGCCCUGUUCCCAAGGCAGCUGACUCUUUAGAGGUUUUUUUUUCCCCUUUCAUCUUGUACACUUGCUAUUAUCUGCCUAACACAGUCUACAGUAGGAUGUCCAUUUUAGUCCCUCUUUUCCCUCACUGGAAUAUCCACCAACUCUCCUUUUCUUCAUUCAGUUGGAAAAAGGUUUCUCUGUCUGAAGAACAUAAGAACCUUCCUAACGGCCUGUUGUGAGACAUUUGGGAUGAGGAAAAGUGAACUCUUCGAGGCUUUUGACUUGUUUGAUGUUCGAGAUUUUGGAAAGGUCAUAGAAACACUGUCAAGACUUUCUCGUACACCUAUUGCGUUAGCCACAGGAAUUAGACCAUUCCCUACUGAAGAAAGUGUCAAUGAUGAAGAAAUCUACAAAGGCCUUCCUGAUUUAAUUGAUGAAACUCGUGCAGAUGAUGAGGAGGAUUUGUAUGACUGUGUUUACGGAGAAGAUGAAGGGGGAGAAGUCUAUGAGGACUUAAUGAAAGCUGAAGAAGCCCAGCAGCCGAAGUGUCUGGAAAAUGACAUACGAAGCUGCUGCCUCGCAGAAAUCAAACAGACAGAGGAGAAGUACACAGAAACAUUGGAGUCAAUAGAAAAAUAUUUCAUGACCCCACUGAAAAGAUUUCUGACAGCUACUGAGUUUGAUACUGUAUUCAUCAACAUUCCUGAAUUGGUGAAAGUUCACAGAAGCCUGACACAAGAGAUUAAUGACUCCAUUGUCAAUAAAAAUGACCAGAAUUUAUAUCAAAUUUUCAUUAACUACAAGGAAAGAUUGGUUAUUUAUGGGCAAUACUGCAGCGGAGUGGAGUCAGCCAUCUCUGGUUUAGACUUUAUUUCUAAGACAAAAGAAGAUGUCAAGUUGAAACUCGAGGAAUGUUCCAAGAGAGCAAACAACGGGAAAUUCACACUACGAGAUUUGCUUGUUGUUCCUAUGCAGCGGGUUCUAAAGUAUCAUCUCCUGCUCCAGGAGCUGGUGAAACACACAACUGAUUCUACUGAGAAGGCAAAUCUGAAACAAGCUCUUGAUGCAAUGAAGGACUUGGCCCAAUAUGUAAAUGAAGUGAAGCGAGAUAACGAGACCCUACGUGAAAUAAAGCAGUUUCAGUUAUCCAUAGAGAACUUGAAUCAGCCUGUUUUGGUGUUUGGAAGACCACAGGGAGAUGGUGAAAUCAGAAUAACAACCCUAGACAAACACACUAAACAAGAAAGGCACAUCUUCUUGUUUGAUCUGGCGGUCAUUGUCUGCAAGAGGAAAGGCGAUAACUAUGAAAUGAAGGAAAUCAUCGACCUUCAACAAUACAAAAUUGCCAAUAAUCCCACAACUGACAAAGAAAACAAAAAGUGGUCUUAUGGCUUCUACCUCAUCCAUACCCAAGGUCAAAAUGGACUGGAAUUCUAUUGUAAAACUAAAGAUUUGAAGAAAAAAUGGCUUGAGCAGUUUGAAAUGGCACUAUCUAACAUAAGGCCAGACUAUGCAGACUCAAAUUUUCAUGACUUCAAAAUGCACACCUUCACGAGGGUUACAUCCUGUAAAGCCUGCCAGAUGCUCCUGAGAGGAACAUUUUAUCAAGGCUAUUUAUGUUUCAAGUGUGGCGCCAGAGCACACAAAGAAUGUUUAGGAAGAUUAGACAAUUGUGGCAGAGUUAAUUCAGGUGAACAAGGGACGCUCAAACCUGAGAAACCACGUAAUGGACUUCGAAGACCCCCCAGACAAGUGGAUCCAGGCCUCCCGAAGAUGCAGGUCAUUAAGAAUUACACUGGAAACCCACAGCCUCCACAACAAGAAGGACCUCCUUUGCACAUCCAGCUGGGGGAUACUGUGGAGCUUUUGCGAGGAGAUGCACAUAGCUUAUUUUGGCAGGGACGGAAUUUAGCAUCUGGGGAGAUUGGCUUCUUUCCUAGUGAAGCAGUUAAGCCUUGUCCAUGUGUACCCAAACCAGUAGACUACUCUUGCCAGCCGUGGUAUGCAGGAGCAAUGGAAAGACUGCAGGCAGAGACUGAACUUAUUAAUCGGGUAAAUAGUACUUAUCUUGUGCGACACAGGACCAAAGAGUCAGGAGAAUACGCAAUUAGCAUUAAGUACAAUAAUGAAGCAAAACACAUCAAGAUUUUAACAAGAGAUGGCUUUUUCCACAUUGCAGAAAAUAGGAGAUUUAAAAGUUUAAUGGAACUCGUCGAGUACUAUAAGCAUCACUCUCUUAAAGAAGGCUUCAGAACUUUAGAUACUACUCUUCAGUUCCCAUACAAGGAACCUGAAAAUACAGCCGGACAGAGGGGUAAUAGAGCAAGCAGCAACUUGUUGAGCCCCAAAGUUUUGGGGAUAGCUAUUGCACGAUAUGACUUUUGCGCAAGAGACAUGAGAGAGCUGUCUUUAUCCAAAGGAGACAUGGUGAAAAUUUAUACGAAAAUGAGUGUAAAUGGCUGGUGGAGGGGAGAAGCAAAUGGACGGGUGGGCUGGUUUCCAUCAACAUAUGUGGAAGAGGAUGAAUGACUUGAAUUCCAAUUUUACAUUCUGGAUCAGAAAUUUCAGGGACAAGUGAUGAGCAAAAAAAUCCACAAAGCAUUAUGAACUGAUUGAAGUAUUUGAAAAGCUGCAUUUCUGGCUAAUCAACAUCCUUCCUCCUCCUGUCUUCUCCAGUCUUAAUGUUGGGAUUUCUAAAGAUGUUCGUACUGACAGAUUAAUGGCUUGCCGAGAGCUGGGCAAGAAACAACCUGCCAGUCUGUCAUCAUCAGGGACCAGUGCAAAGCCAAAACCUUCUCUUCCCAGAAGAACUCAGCAAAUACAUUUCUUUAUGUUUCCUUCCACUUCCUUUCAUGGGUCAUUGUCAAUGCCAGCCAUUAGUAAAUGUUUAAUGCACCUUUACUUCUCCCCUUUCCUGUCUCAUCACCACCCCCCCCUUCACAAUUCACUGAAAUCUUUGAUGGUACAAAGAACCAGAGCCUUUUACCUAUCAUAGCACAAAGGAAAGUGAGAGUUCUGUCAUACAGGCCACUUGUGGGAAAGGUUUGAUAUCGCUUGUCUUAAAAUAUCAAGUGAGGCUACCUACCCCGUCACAAACACUUUUGUCCUACAAAUCUCCUGGCAGAAAUACAUGAGUGAUAAUUUCUAAGUUUUCUCUCCACUCUGUGUGGAGUGGAGAUGUUUGAACUGAUGUCUUUUUACUCCUUGCCUUGACAAGUGAUUGUUUUUGAAAACUGAAUUUGAAAAAGAGAGAGAGAAAACUUUAUUAAUCCAGAAACUAUUUGCAUUUUUUUUUUUGCUGGGUGGUUAUGGCAACUGUGUACUGAAGUUUCUGAGGCAAACUUGGCUCAGCAUCCCACCAAUGGCUAUUAGCCAGAUGAUCACAGUGUCUGUGUUUACAUGAACCAGAUCAAGGGCUAUAUUGAUAAAUCUGUCAUUUCUUGAUAAACACCACCUACAGGACAUUUCCCCCCUCUUUCCCCUUCUUCCCUUCUCUCAAAGCUGGGGUAUAUACAACAUUGCUCCUCCUGCUAUUUCCAGUUCAAAAGACUGAAGGAUUGCCAAUAGCACAAACCCUUCUGCUGUAAUUUCUAGAAGAAGGGCAACAUAACUGUGGCUUCCAUUCCCAUUCACGUCUCUGAAUUUCAAGACUAAACAAAGACCCACCCAAGGUUUUCCAGGGAUAGAUCACUAUAGGAUUUAAGACUUCUCUCUAUUGUCUUCCAAUUUAUGGGACAUUUCUGACCAUACAGUGGCACUUGGAUGACAUUCAGUGGCCAUCAGAAGUCUUCUUCUUGGUUUGUUUGCUUCUGUAAUUAAAAUAGAAAUGAUUAUUCUCUGGUGCUGUGAUAGCAUCAUCUAUUCCUAUAUACAUAUAUUUAUAUUUAUAUGUGUAUAGAUAUGCAUAUAUAUGUAUGUAGACACACAAAUAUAUGCACACAUAUGUAUACAUGUGUGUGUUUGUGUGUGUAUAUAUAUAUAUCCCAUUCAUAACCCAAUUCUACCUAUCUCUUGAAAUUUGGUAAAGAAGAAUGCAUUUGCUUCUUGCGAAAAACAUAGAUAUUUGGGCUUUAGCUAAAUGUGUUGAAUGCCCUGUAUUGGAAAAGUUAAAUGCUGCAUAUUCACAUGCAUUUCUAAUUGAGAGCAUUCAGUAAAGAAAAUUGAGAUCACCUCUGAAAUGAAGCAAUGGUGAUGUACUCCCCCCCAGUUACAUGUAGGAAAACCCUGUGCACACUGAAGGAGAUGCAUUGAUCUGGGUGGAGAUUCUUGUGGAUUAGAAGUUUCUCAUAUAGGAUAGAUUCAGGAAGUUUACCUCAGAAUUAUGUAAACUGUGAUUGUGUUUAAAAAAAAAUACUGUGUAAUGGCAUCAGUUAGUGUAUUCGUCAGUGUGGUCAUGAGCACUAGAGUGUAUUUUGUAAAAUGAUUUGUACAGUAAAGUUACCUGGAGGAUGUUUUCUUUGAUCAUGUUCUGUGAUGCCUAAUUUAGCAUCAGCCACCACUGUGGGUCUUUGGUGUGUUUUUUGUUUCACUCCUAGCGGAGCAUUGUGGUAGAGGAAGCAAUGUAACACAUAGGUCCCAUGCCUUAGCAUGGGCUUCUUUUGGCAAGUUGACCCACUUCCUUAAAACCAGCCUCUGCUCUUCUUCAUUUUUUUUUUUAAUUUUGCUAGUCCAGAAACUUACCCAGCCAUAGGGGGGUAUUAAAGCUAUGCUGGGACCCCCUUUUUCAUAAGAUACCAGUUGUACCCUUUUUGUUUUGGUCUGUGUUGAAUGCCCUGUAUUGGAAAAGUUAAAUGCUGCAUAUUCACAUGCAUUUCUAAUACCAAAGACAUAACUCAAGGCUACAGAGUCACCAAUCACCACUACCCCUGUGCUUCUUCUUGCCUGGAUGCAGCACUUGCUGUCACACCUUGGAUCUCAUCAGUAGUGCUUAAGUUUGUAAUAUUUUGUAAAUAUGUCAAUACAAUAAAGUAGUUACAACUUGUA